UAAGAACCUUCCAGCUGACUCUGUGACUGGCACCAUGAAGGACGAUGUGGCUCUUCUGGCUACUGUCACCCUCUUGGGAGUUCUGUUGCAAGCCUACUUCUCCCUGCAGGUGAUCUCUGCGCGCAGGGCUUUCCACGUGUCGCCGCCACUCACUUCUGGACCUCCCGAGUUCGAGCGCGUCUUCCGAGCCCAGGUGAACUGCAGCGAGUACUUCCCGCUGUUCCUCGCCACGCUCUGGGUCGCCGGCAUCUUUUUCCACGAAGGCGCCGCAGCCCUGUGCGGACUGUUCUACCUGUUUGCGCGCCUCCGCUACUUCCAGGGAUACGCGCGCUCGGCGCAGCUCAGGCUGGCUCCUCUGUACGCGGGCGCGCGCGCGCUCUGGCUGCUGGUGGCGAUGGCCGCGCUGGGUUUGCUGGUCCACUUCCUCCCCGGCACGCUACAGGCAGCGCUCUUCAGAAGACUUCAGGCCCUCCUGCAGAUGGCUUGAGGCGAAGGACCUCCGAGUCAGCGCUACUGGUGAAGAGCUUAGAGCAAAACGCAGGGGUGCCCGCUUCCGAAUCUCAGUUUCUAAUUAAAGUUCCCACGACU